CGGCGUUGAUGAAGCGAAGCCGGAAGUGAAAGAGGGGCUCAUCCUCUCUCUCGCACACUUCCGCGCCUCUUCUGCAGCGAUGCCUUAACGUCGAGAGCUCCCGGUAACCGGGGAUGGACGUGGACGACGCGCUGCAGGUGGUCGGUGAGUUCGGUCCGUACCAGAAGCGGGCGGUGGCGGUGCUCUUCCUCACGCAGGUGUACAUGGCCUGUCAGUCCAUGCUCAUCGUCCUGGUCGGAUAUACCCCAGAGUACCGGAUCGAGCAGCAGCCGGAGGACGGGGAGCUCCAACGCCAACACGUCACCUUUACAGAAGACGUGGACUCCGUAGUGACUGAGUGGCUUCUCAUCAAGCAGCAGGCCUACAAGGUCAGCCUCGCCGGGUCGCUGUUCUUCGCCGGCCUCCUGGUUGGGAACGUCGUCUUCGGGCCGCUCUCCGACAAGAUCGGCAGGAGACCCGUCUACCUGACAGGUCUGUUUUUCGAGGUGGUCUUCGGUUACGUCACCGUGUUGGCGCCCAACUACGAGGUCUUCGCCGCGUCCCGUCUCUUGGUGGGACUGAUGAAUGGCGGCAUCGGCCUGGUCUGCUUCGUCCUCACGCAGGAGUACGUGGGCAAGUCGUACUGGGCACUGACAGGGACUUUGACCAGUAUGAGCUUCGCGAUCGGCAUCGCUCUGUUCGGGGUGCUGGGCUACUUCGUCCGGCCGUGGAGGAGCCUGGCGUCAGUGGCCAACUCGUCCGGCGUCCUAUUCUUCCUGCUGUCUGUCACUCUGCCGGAGUCUCCCCGCUGGCUCUACUCUCAGGGUCAGACGGAGCGAGCAGAAGAGGUUCUGUGCUACAUGGCGUUGAGAAACGGCAACGCCGCCAAACACCUGGUGCUGCAGCGGGUCGGUGCGGCCAAAGCUGGUGGACGUGACAACGGGGGAGCGGGUGUCCUGCAGCUUGUGCUGCAUCCGGUCCUGCGCCUCCGGACCAUGGUGCUCAUGUAUGUGUGGUACGCGUGCAGUCUGGUGUACUAUGGUCUGACUCUGGGGGCCAGCGAAGCCUCUGGCAGCCGCUUCGUUAACGUGGCCAUGUACGGCCUGGUGGAGCUGCCUGCGUACCCGCUCUGCAUGUACUUCAUCAACAAACAGUGGGCCGGGAGGCGGAAGAGCUUGAGCAGCUUCCUGUGUCUCGCCGGCUUCGCCUGCCUCUGCACCAUGUUCCUCCCCGAAAACACCGGAACGCUGCUGAGCGCAACGUCGCUGGCUCUUUUGGGGAAACUGAUGGUCAGUGCUGCGUUCAACAUCGCCUACGUCUACACGUCCGAGCUCUACCCGACAGUUAUCAGGAACGCUGGUUUGGGGGUGUGUUCAAUGUCAUGCAGAUUUGGAGGAAUACUCGCACCAUUUGUUCCUUCAAUGCGGGCCUUCCACGCCUCCAUGCCCUUCACCGUGUUCUGUCUGAGCAGCCUGUCCGCCGGCUGCCUCGGCCUCCUGCUGCCUGAGACCCUCAACAGUCCUGUGGCCGAGACUCUGGAGGAGCUGAGCAGCCCGACGCGCAGCCUGGUGCAAAGUCGCGUGCUGGAGAGCAAGGCUCUUCUGUACGAGGACAACAAGUGGAAAUCUAACGUCAAGUGAAGCCUGCUGGCCUCGUCUCCAUCGCCGCCACAUCUCUAGAGCGGCGAGACGGACUCUGGCCACGCCUCCUCCCCCGUGGAACUGGCUGCCUUAAAGCGUAGCAAACUGCCCCUUUAAUUACCUCGAAGGACCCUUCGCUGAGUUCAGGUGGGCGGGGCUACAGAUCUGUGUCUGAUUCUACAGAGAAACGGGACAGUCGAUAAUUCAAUGUUCCUGAAUGUUGUCGUGGUGUUGGUGCAGUAUUUGGCUGCAGACAGUCGUGAGAGACAGGGACGACAUGACGGGACGGACAUGAACCUUCAGGAGAUGCUGCUUUCAGAAGUGUGGUUCACACACACACUACACCUUGAGUUUCAUCAUGUUUACAUUCCUGUGUGUGUAUGUUCCGACUGGCCACAGACAAAACCAGCAUUAUUUGAAUCGAUCGAUCAGGACUAAAUCUUCUUUGCAAAAUACAAUCUAACAGCAACUUAUCACCAGAACAUGGAUUGACGACAUGACGGCUCCCACAAGUGAAGCCAAAUCAUCAUGAUCGCCACCCUGGUGUCUGGCUGCAGUAUAGGUCAUAAACCCCGCCCCCCUCCUUGUUAGCAGAUGGUACAUGGACCAAAGUUUAAAAAAACGUUCAACGUUUCCAAAGAUGUUUCUGUAAUUUUCGCAGAACAGGAGGAAGUGGAGACGUGUCGUCUGUCUUUCUAUACUGUUGCUGAUCGUCUUUAUAUACAGUCUUUGAUUGUCUUUAUAUACAGUCUUUGUAUAUGGUCUAUGGUGGGAAAUGUUUCCAUGUAACAUCACUUCAGUGCCUUUCCUCACGCUACCUGUAAUUCUGAAGAAGCUGUAGUUUGGGUGUGACAGAAAAUAUUAUUAUCAGAUAUUUAUAUUGCUGUAAUUAAAAGAUGAAAUGAGAAAAACAGGUGUUACCUGAGAUGUUUCAUAAUAUGCAGAAGAAAAAACUAUUUUUGUGGCUGUUUUGUUUAUUUUUUGUAAAGCACUCUGUAACAGGUGCUAUAUAUCAAUAAAGUUUAUUAGCAUUAA